AUGACAUCCAUCGCCAGCAGACUGGGGCGCGCCGUCGUCGCGGUGCCCUUCCUUUUGGUAGCCGUCUGGUGCUUCCAGUCGAUGGACCUCGAGAAGAUCGACGCGAAUGCCGAACCAUACGCUGAGUCCGGUGUCAUCCAGUGGGAUGAUAACGAGAUCAGCAUCCUCGACAACUUCCAUGGCGUUCAGAUCUUGGAUGAGAUUUGGCGGGGAAGCAUGGCCACCUUCUCGACCUCGACCUUUGGAUACGAUUCAGUCGGAGCCUGGCAGGUUUUCUCAUUCCUCAUAGACUUGGGACCUGUAUUCGCUAUUUGGAUCUUGGAGUCGAGCCGUGGGGCCAAUUCGUGGUCGCCUGCGUAUAUCCCAACCUUCUUUACCGUCGCCGCACAAUUGCUGGGCAUAGGAACGGUGGCGCCUGUGUUUUACUUCCUUUGUCUCACAUUCGGUCCCACGGCGUCAGAGCUGGCCACAGCUCCACGACAACGCCGGACUGUCUGGCAUGCGCGCCAGUCUCUCCUGGUGCCUAUCGUGCUUCUCCUCCAUACGUCCAUGGUGCUUGGCAUGUUUGUCGCCCCAAAAUUCACCUCGAGGCAUUACUGGACGUGGGCCUGGCAGCUGGUUCCACUGUGGAUUGGUCUAGGCAACAUCGUUGCCAGCCAGGCCAUCCAACUUUUGGGAGUCAAGCGCCUACUGUCCCCAAAACCAAUGCUUUUCGCGCUUGGCCUGAUCUCGUUCGGCGUCUGGGGCUACACGCUCUUAUUCUCCCCUCAUCCAAUGACGACCCUCUUCUUCCCUGAGGCUGGACCACAAUCUGGACUUGUCCUACACACCCGAAAAGCUCUUCAGGCUGACGAAGUAGGGGUCUACGUGGCUACCUUCCUGUGGUUGGCUUAUUCGUUCCUCGACCUUUACAUUGCUGGCUUCGUCGGAAAUUUAUCCCUCUUGUUUGUUGCAGUGCUACCCGUCCUGACUGCUGGUAUAGGGCCAGGGGCUGCGUUCGUGCUUGGGUGGUAUGUAAGGGAGAGGGUCUUCGCCUCCCCUAAGAAGGACUGA